AUGCAAGGCCACCGUAACGCCUCAGAGCGGACACCGCUGCUGCGUCCCCAAUCUUCGGACCGACCCAGCGAAUCAGCCAUCUACGAGGAUGACAUCCAAGAUGCAGAGGUAGCGCAAGGUGCUCUCACGGCACCCCAAUUUCCUGCAUUGGGCAAACAGAGAAGCUAUUCGAGUAGCCAUUGGCUCGCCCCUGAUCAGGAAGUUUCUCCAGAGCAGCCAGACGAACCUGGCGCAUUUGGAGAAGAUGGUCUUCUCGCAGGCCUGUCCAGGACCAAAUUCCGAUGCAUCAUUGGCGGUGUAUUUGCAGGCUAUUUUAUUGCAAUGUUCGACUCUACGCUCAUGGCGUCAAGCCAUCCAGUGAUAACGUCAUACUUCAAUGCCUCCAAUUCAGCGUCGUGGCUAUCGACAGCAUUUUUGCUAACGUCAACAUCUCUACAGCCUCUUUUUGGCAGACUGUCCGAUACAUUUGGAAGACGUUUACUAUACCUUUCCGGGGUAGCGUUUCUUGCAAUCACGACAGGAUGGUGUGCCCUCGCACAGAGUAUCGGAAGCUUCAUCGCGGCCAGAGCUUUCUGCGGUAUCGGUGCCGCAGCGGUCCUCUCCAUGGGCAACAUCAUCAUCAAUGAUCUCGUCAGCAUCCAGGUGCGGAGUACUUACCAAGCGUACAUCAAUCUAUUUUAUGGAAGUGGUUCCACCCUCGGUGCUGCCUUUGGGGGAUUCCUCUGCGACAAGCUGGGAUGGAGGCUUACCUUUGCCAUCCAAAUCCCCUUCUUCGUCGCCAUCUUCAUCAAUGGAUACUUGACCACUCCUUCUACUCUUGGACCGAACCUAGCUCAGCGGUCCGGCCAGGGCUUCAGAGACGCGAUCAGAGGUUUCGACAUUGCAGGUUCGGUCCUCCUGACCGGCUCUGUCGCUUUUCUCAUUGCGGGCCUCAACCUAGGAGGUAAUGUAUUCCCAUGGGAUCACCCUUUCGUCAUCAUUUCGCUUGUGGUCGCCGUAGUGUCAGGUGCAGUCCUGCUUCGCGUGGAACAUAAGGCUGCAAAGCCAGUCAUGCCUUUAUACCUCCUCUUCUCUCGCCCCAGAGGCUCCCUCGUCUUCAACAACUUCCUCGCCAACAUUGGAAUCAACGCCAUCAUCUUUAACGCACCGCUCUACUUCCAAGCCGUGAAGCUCGAAACCGCUUCACUGUCUGGUUUCCGGCUCGCCGGGCCUUCACUUGCUCUCAUGAUUUGCGGCGUAUCGUCGGGCUUCAUCAUGACUGCCACAGGACGCAUGACGUGGCUUAUUGUUGUUGGGUCGCUCAGCAUGCUCCUUGCCACAAUGGUAGGCGUACUUGCCACGAGUACACAGGAGGAUCAGGCGGUGAUGACGAGUACAUUGAUCCUUUGGAGGCAGCUCGGUACCGUGAUGGGUGUCGCGUUGAGUAGUCUGGUCCUGCAGAAUGCGCUUACGGCGUACCUCAACGCUCUCGUUACCGGCAAGCACAAAGAAGACAUCAUCCUCACAGUCCGCAAAUCCGUCCGCUCCAUCCUCGACCUCGACCCAAAGCACCAACACCAAGUAAUCGACGCAUACGGCCGCAGUCUGCGCGUCACCUUCAUCUCGGCCAUUGCCGUAUUCGUCGUGGUCAAUAUAUUGGUGCUAACGAUCAGACUGCCCAAUCUCAAGCCCAAGAAGGGUGGUGAUGCGAGCAGCGAUGCGGAGGGCGAGGAAUCGUGA